GCAUCAAGCAUGAUGGAACCAUGUGUGAUACCUGCCGCCAGCAGCCGAUCAUUGGCAUUCGGUGGAAGUGUGCGGAGUGUACAAAUUACGACUUGUGCACCGUUUGUUAUCAUGGAGAUAAACAUCAUUUAAGGCAUCGCUUUUAUAGAAUUACCACACCAGGGAGUGAGCGGGUUCUGUUAGAGUCUCGUAGAAAAUCGAAGAAGAUCACGGCCCGAGGGAUCUUUGCAGGUGCCAGAGUGGUACGAGGAGUGGACUGGCAGUGGGAAGAUCAGGACGGAGGGAAUGGACGCAGGGGAAAGGUAACAGAGAUCCAAGACUGGAGUGCAUCAAGCCCGCAUAGCGCAGCCUACGUUCUCUGGGAUAAUGGUGCUAAGAACCUGUACAGAGUUGGCUUUGAGGGCAUGUCUGAUCUGAAGUGUGUCCAGGAUGCCAAAGGAGGUUCUUUCUACAGAGAUCAUUGUCCUGUGCUAGGUGAGCAGAAUGGCAACAGGAAUCCUGGUGGACUGCAGAUUGGUGACCUGGUCAACAUAGAUCUUGACCUUGAAAUUGUACAGUCUUUGCAGCACGGUCAUGGCGGAUGGACUGAUGGCAUGUUUGAGACCUUGACUACAACUGGAACAGUUUGUGGCAUUGAUGAAGAUCAUGACAUUGUAGUACAGUAUCCAAGCGGCAAUAGGUGGACCUUUAACCCUGCUGUUCUCACUAAAGCAAACAUUGUCCGAAGUGGGGAUGCUGCGCAGGGUGCAGAGGGAGGCACCUCUCAGUUUCAAGUGGGUGAUCUUGUGCAAGUUUGUUAUGAUCUGGAGAGAAUUAAACUUCUACAGAGAGGACAUGGAGAAUGGGCAGAAGCUAUGCUCCCAACUUUAGGUAAAGUUGGCCGAGUACAGCAGAUUUAUUCAGACAGUGAUUUAAAGGUGGAAGUAUGUGGAACAUCUUGGACAUAUAAUCCAGCGGCAGUUUCCAAGGUGGCGUCCGCGGGAUCAGCCAUUAGCAACGCGUCUGGUGAAAGACUCUCCCAACUCUUGAAGAAAUUAUUUGAAACCCAAGAAUCUGGUGACCUCAAUGAAGAAUUAGUUAAGGCUGCUGCCAAUGGAGAUGUUGCUAAAGUGGAAGAUUUGCUAAAAAGACCAGAUGUGGAUGUGAACGGACAGUGUGCUGGUCACACAGCUAUGCAAGCUGCUAGUCAGAAUGGACAUGUUGACAUUUUGAAGUUACUUUUGAAGCAAAAUGUGGAUGUAGAAGCAGAGGAUAAAGAUGGCGAUAGAGCAGUUCACCAUGCUGCUUUUGGAGAUGAAGGAGCUGUUAUAGAAGUGCUGCACCGGGGCAGUGCUGAUCUGAAUGCUAGAAACAAGCGCAGGCAGACACCGCUUCAUAUUGCUGUCAAUAAAGGUCACCUUCAGGUGGUGAAGACGUUACUGGACUUUGGCUGUCAUCCCAGUCUUCAGGAUUCUGAAGGCGAUACUCCUCUUCAUGAUGCAAUAAGUAAGAAACGUGAUGACAUCCUGGCAGUUCUUCUAGAAGCUGGAGCAGAUGUUACCAUUACGAACAACAAUGGGUUUAAUGCUCUACACCAUGCUGCACUGAGAGGAAACCCCAGCGCAAUGCGUGUUUUACUGUCUAAAUUACCAAGACCGUGGAUUGUGGAUGAGAAGAAAGAUGAUGGUUAUACUGCCUUGCAUCUGGCUGCCCUUAAUAAUCAUGUAGAAGUGGCUGAACUGUUGGUGCAUCAGGGAAACGCAAACCUGGACAUCCAGAACGUGAACCAGCAGACGGCCCUCCACCUGGCGGUGGAGCGGCAGCACACCCAGAUUGUGAGGCUUUUGGUCCGUGCAGGUGCCAAGUUAGAUAUUCAGGAUAAGGAUGGGGACACUCCUCUGCACGAAGCCCUGCGGCAUCACACUCUGUCUCAGCUGCGUCAGCUUCAAGAUAUGCAGGAUGUGGGGAAGGUUGAUGCUGCCUGGGAGCCAUCCAAAAACACGUUAAUAAUGGGACUUGGUACCCAGGGGGCUGAGAAGAAGAGUGCUGCAUCUAUUGCCUGUUUCUUGGCUGCUAACGGUGCUGACCUUAGCAUCCGAAAUAAGAAGGGUCAGUCGCCACUUGAUCUCUGUCCUGAUCCAAGUCUCUGCAAAGCCUUGGCAAAGUGUCAUAAAGAAAAAGUCAGUGGUCAGGUGGGCUCCCGAAGUCCUUCUAUGAUCAGUAAUGACUCUGAAACCUUAGAAGAGUGUAUGGUGUGCUCCGAUAUGAAGAGAGACACUCUGUUUGGCCCGUGUGGGCAUAUUGCUACCUGUUCUCUGUGUUCGCCACGAGUCAAGAAAUGCCUCCUCUGUAAAGAGCAAGUUCAGUCCAGGACCAAGAUUGAAGAAUGCGUGGUAUGCUCUGACAAGAAAGCAGCUGUUCUUUUUCAGCCGUGUGGACACAUGUGUGCUUGUGAGAACUGUGCCAGCCUGAUGAAGAAGUGUGUGCAGUGUCGGGCAGUAGUUGAGCGAAGAGUGCCCUUCAUCAUGUGCUGUGGAGGGAAAAGUGCAGAGGACGCCACGGAUGAUAUCUCCAGUGGGAAUAUUCCGGUGCUGCAGAAGGACAAGGAUAAUACCAAUGUCAAUGCGGAUGUGCAAAAGCUGCAGCAGCAGCUGCAGGACAUCAAAGAGCAGACAAUGUGCCCUGUGUGUUUGGAUCGUCUGAAGAACAUGAUCUUCCUUUGUGGCCAUGGGACGUGCCAGCUCUGCGGAGACCGGAUGAGUGAAUGUCCCAUCUGUCGAAAAGCUAUCGAACGGAGGAUUCUUUUGUAUUAACUAAGAAACCCCCUGUGUUCUGUUAGCGAAAAUAUUUUGGCUGUGAGAUCUUAGUGAGCUUUUUAAGCUAGUUGGAGGUUCUAAUGAAUUAAUUUUUAAUUUCAUAGUGUCUUUGCUAGAGUGUAAUUAGACUCUAAACAUACCAGAACAACGACAACAACAACAACAAAAACUCUACAAAACAGUGUUUGAAGCUGUGUAUUUUUUGUUUUCCUUUCAAUUGAAACAUCAAAUCCAUGUAAUUCAUAUAUAAUUUGCCUUCUGCAUCUAAGGGAGAAAGUCCUUUAAGCAUCUCCUGUUAUUUUUUGUUUUCAUUGCAUUUUCUCUCAUAGUUUAUAAAUGUUAGACCUCAAAAGAUAUACUUCCUUAUGGUCAGCUGUCUUUCAGUUUAUCAUGAUUUGUACAGUGAGUUGACACAGGUACCCAGAAAGGUCAUGUAUCAUAUGAAAGGUGCAAGUCAAACCAUUAUGCUUCAUAUAUUACAUGAUAAAAUUAUAGUACAAGUUCUGCAUGAUUAAAGGAAUACUGAAGUGAGGAUUCUCCUUAUAAGGUAACAUAAAGUUAUCCAAAUGAUUGUCUCUAAAUUCUCAGAGAAAAUGGAGAUAUAGAAUGAGAGAAUAGUGACUUUGCAUUUAACUUAUUUUCUGGAUCAAAGGAAAAUUGUUUCGCUUGUUUCAAAAUGACUGAGACAUGAAAAGUAAAACUAAGCAAUCACAGUGGGUAACUGAAGGCAGGGCGGGUGGGGGCAUCCAAUAAAAGAGUGCCUAUUAACUGUUAGAGUUGCCCUUCUUACAUCAAUUUGUACACUGUUUGUUCAGCCAGCUUGUAAAAAACUGUGAAAAAUGGGCCUCAGUUUCCCCUGUGGUUCCUUACUCAGGCUUGAUCUGACCAGUGAAAUGGUGUUGCCCUGUUUGGGCCCCCGGGGUUCAGUUUACCUUUCCCGAUGCGCCGAGUAGCAGGAAUCCGGGAAGGGAAAAGCACUGUCCUCAGUAAGGCGCUGGCCCUCUCUCCUCGGCGUCAGUUCUGCCACCGUCACUGUCGCUGUCCUCCUCAGAGGCCUCCUUCCAUCAUCUUCUAGAUAGUAGAGCUGACUAUAAAGAAAACAGUCUCUCAUCAUACCUAACAAUGGGGAUAUUACUUAACCUGUCAGCAAUAUCCAAGACCUUGUAAAUAACUUAAUUUAGAAAGAGUGACUAGGAUAUUUACAGAAAUAUGUCUGAUUAUCGGUGUUUUUGUUUUGUUUUACUCUGGAGCAUCUAAUUAUUUUUUUCUCUUUCAACAUCUGGAAUGAAUAUACACAUAAGUAAGUGUUUUGGGGUUCAUUGCUGCUAGAUUAUACAAAUAUCACCUGUUUACAGUAGUAUCUACUAUAUGUGUAUAAGUUGACUCCUAAGGAUAAGUAUCUUUUUUGUGGGUUUUUUCCCCUUUGACUCUGGUUCUUAUUUCAUUUCUCCUGCUGCAACAAUUAAAUUGGAAAGUACAAGGUCUCUAGCCCUCAUAAUACCAUGUUUCUGGCUCAUUAAUGCCUGCUGCCUCUGCAAGCCCUGGCGAGAGCAAUGGUGCACUUUGCUGCCUUUCUAGUCUCGGUAAUUCCGUAUCUGCGUUUAGUGGCGUGACUUACCAUUUAGAACAGUAAAAGUUUUUAUAAAUUUUAAAUUUGAAAAUUUAUAUUGACUGUACUCAGUUACCUAAUAACAGGCUACUGAGGCUGUUGUUGAAGCCAUAUUUUGAAGUUAUAAAAACAUAGAAUGUCUGUCCAGUGAUGUUCACAUAGAGAGACAAGACUAUUUUCUUUCAGAUCUGUAAACAGUGUAAGUCAGGGUUUUCCUCCACGUGCUGCCCAUCUCUUUUCCACAAGGCCGACUAUAAGGAGGGAGCACCUGGCUGACUCGUGCUUAGCUUGACCAACCAGAGAAUUGUACAGUCCGGAGCUUUACUUCACUUAAAUUCUUGUUUUAGGUCUUCUGAGCGACAGUGCUCAAGCUUACAUCCCUAAAAGGCAGCUUCACCUUCCAGACUAGCUUAUUUCCUCCAUAUUAAAAAUACAAUAACCUGUGAACUAUUAUAAAAGUCACAAAGUCACUGUAACUGUAGUGUUGUACACUUGUGGAUUUUCUCCAUUUGUACCACUUUGAAAUUUGUCUAGUGAAAAGAAAAUGUUUUUUCAUUCGUGUUUUUAAGCACCUGAAAAAUAAUUUUAAAUUUAUUUUUGGUUUGUGAGAGAGAAUAAGUUUAAGAGCAUCAUUAUUUAAGUGACUUUCCUUUAAUUCUAUGAAACGGCUACCUCUUAUCAUAAGUCUCAGCAGUACUCCCAGUUAGGAUGUGUCCUUGUCAUGAUCAUCUUUUUAUCUUGUGCCUCGAAGGAGCUUUUGCUUUUCCUAGAAUCGUUAGGAAAGAAAAAAAAAAAAACAAAAAAAACACCAAAACUGUCAUGCAUUCACUCAGAAACGUAUUUAUUGGGCUUCAGGAGCAAGAUACACAACACUGAAAAAAUUGUCAGUUUCUAAGCACAUACAGAAUUUAUCAUGCAGCCAUUGUGUAUUUGAAGUAUUCUUUUCAAAAAGAAGGGAUCUAAAGAUACUGAUAGCAUUUCUUCCUAAUGCUUUGGAAGAGCUGUCAUUAGGGUUCCCUCUCUGUACCCUCUCACCUCUACCAUAGUUUUUCUUUUAUUCUAAUAUUGUCAGCUUUGUGACCCAAAACAUACACACAACUUAACCAGAUGGUGCUAUUCUAAUAGUUUUUCUUCCCAUAAUUUAACAUUGCUGUUUAAACUAUAAACAUAUUUCAUUUUGUUGGGAGCAAGGAAGUUUUUCAAGAGAAGGUCAUUUUGUAUUAGUAUUGGAAUAUUAUAUUACAUAAGUGUUUUAGUUUAGCUGGCCAAAUUAUGCUUGAUUGUAUGUAAAUUUAAACAUUGCAGAUUGACCAUCUAGCUACUGAGGCAUAAAAUUAAUUGAUAAUGUUGAAAAUAAUUUUCUUAAAUUUAUGUCUUUGAUGGCUUUAGCCUGUAAGAGCAUUUAGGAAAUUGCAAUGCAUGCUGCUUAAGAUGUGUCCAAUUCAAAUUUCAAAGCUUGCUAGGUCAUUUUUACGUGGCAGAAAUAGCUGGUCUUGUAUUGUAGUGUAAUGUAUUGCCCAAUGCUGUUUUUUGUUUAUUGUGAAUUUUGGACCCUUUUGGACUAAGAAUUAUUUAAACUUAUGAACUUGGAGAAUUGGUGAUGGAAUUGGAUAGAGGGGAUGACAGGGAUUGCAGCAAGUAGGAAAAGAAAAGUCAGUUUUUGAGUUUAGAGAAAAAUGGAGAUCAUGUAGAUUUUACCAAAGCAGUAACUGUAGAAGUAUAUUCACCUUUCUCAUUUUGCAGAAUUGAAACUGUACCCCUCAAGCAGCAGUCCUCUUCUCCCUCCUCCAGUGGAAUAGCAUUUUGAUUAAAUAUAACUGGAGAAACAGCUGACUAUCUUAAGAGUUUGUAUUUGCAAGACCUACAGUGAUGGUGAAUAAUCAAGUUUGGGGAAGACAGAAUUUCUUUUCUCCCUCCCAGUCAUCAUCAGUCGUAAUUGAGUAGGUUUUAAAUAUCUGUUAAUUAGAAGGAUUUAUUUCAUUUUGAGUCAGAGGGGAGAAGCACACUUUUUAAACAUUGUAAUUAGGUUAGCUUUGAAUUUAUACUAAAUUGACAAGGUAUUAGAACUUCACAAAUUUUGUGUGCCUUGUUGUUGAAAAUGUCAGUUUUCUUUAAGUCUACUUGUAACUGUUUUCAAGAUGUUUUUUUCCUCUCAAAAAGGAAUCUUAAUUUUAUUUGCUUGAGUAUUAUAAUAGGAAUGCUUACUGACAUUACUUGAUGAAUCAUGUAUAGCCUUGGAACCUUUACAUAGAUGUAAAACUAUAACAGUAUUAAUUACAGUUGUACUUCUUUAAAACACUAAAAUUGAGGAAAAGCUAUUUAAUGCUGUCUCAUGUAUACAUUGCUUUGCUACAACAAGGGGGACAUUUUUUUAGGUUGAGCCUCAGUUUGCUGGUAAGUGGCUGGUAGUGGGUGAAACUAGAGCAUAAAGAUAGGAAGUAGAUAGUAGAACUGGUGAGUUAAAGUGUAAGCUGCUGCAUGGGCACGUUCUGCCUCCUUUUCUGCCAGAGUAUUUUCCAGCGUUUAUUCAUAUUUGUGACUAAGGAGGAGAUGGAAACCUGAGGUUAAAAAUGGAGAUUUUUAUUUUGUUGAGGAAGCAAAGGUGACUUGCCACAUCAGUUUGGUGCCUAAAUCCGUAACUGCAAGUUACAAUUAAUAAUGAAAUGUGUAAGAGAGAUAAUAUUGGUGAAUAUUUUUUUUUCUUGUGCAGUCUAUUUAGUUUUGUUUCAUAAACAUGACUUCUUCCCUCCAAAAAGCAAAGUGGUCUUGUAAUUUUCUAUAGAAUAAACAAAUGUGCCAUUUUGGUCUGAAAUCAAUAAUUUCAGGAAGUUAUUGAAAGUUCUGACUCAGGGCUUUUUAACAGUUUAAGCAAUUGUUAGUUAUAUUUUGGGAAAAUCCAUCUACAUAAUUCUUCAGUGCCUUGAAAGAAUUAUUAACUUGGCAGCACUACUAAAACUUGAUAGAAGGUGGUCUUUGGUGUGCGUUUAUCAUCAUACACACAUUGAUAAGUUGUAUUUCUUAGCUCAUGUAAUAGCGAUACUGUUUGUGUGCUGGGUUUGGGUAAUUCUUUAAAGGAAGUUUUCUUAGAUUUGCACUUGAUCAUUUUUUUUAAUGGAUUAUUUAUGGCCAUGACACUGUUACCAGGAAAGUACUUCUAUGUUAAGUCAUUAUGCCAAGUCCUAUAUCAGUAGCACCUGGGAAGAGGAGCUAGAAUUCAUACCUUUUGCUAUUUUAGCAAAAAAGGAGAAUCUGUUUGGAAAACAGAUUGUCUUCCCCUCAAAUGAAAAGAAGACCUUUUGUUUAAAUGAUUCGGUUAAAAAAACUUUUUUUUAAGAAAAUCAUGAAUUGCAUGACACUCUUUAACGCUGGUCUUACUUAGACUGAAUCCACAGAAUUUUCUGUUCAGUGUACUUGUGUCAUUCUAGAUACAUUAUAUUUAGUGAUAGAAGGCAGUUUAAUUGACUCAUAGCAGUGAUUUGCUUUGUAUUUUUUCCAGUGUUUUUUAGCUUUCAUUUGAUUAAAGUCUUGUUUGUGAAUACAGUUUUUGUAUGGCAAAUGAUUCUCAUUUAUUAGCUUUCUCUUAAAAAGUGCUUAGCAAGAGCUAAGCUUUUAAAAAUAAACACAAACAUUUACCAUUAAUAAAGUGUAUGAUGUAAUAUCAUUA